AGAGUGUAGAGAAGAAGGCAAGAGUUACUAAUAUUCAAUCAAUACUUAUUUUGAAGAUGGAAAAGCUAUGUUGAGUGAUGAAAUGUGUCUGUGUUGUUCUCUGUCUGUAGAAUCAGCUGGUAAAGACACAGACAGACGUGCAGCAGAUGAUCCAGGACAGAAUGAAGAAGAUUCAAGACAUCCAACACUCUGUAGAGAUGAGAAAGAGAAACACAGAAGAAGAGAAAUCACACAGUGUUGAGGUGUUCACGGCUCUGAUCCGCUCCAUUGAGAGAUGUCAGACUGAAGUUGUUGAGAUGUUGGAGCAGAAGCAGAAAGCAGCAGAGAAACAGGCUGAAGAUCUCAUUAAAGAGCUGGAGCAGGAGAUCACUGAGCUAAAGAGGAGAAACUCUGAGCUGGAGCAGAUCUCACACACUGAAGAUCAUCUUCAUCUCCUACAGAUUGACCCGUCCCUGUACAGCCCUAUAAACAGUAAGAACUGGACUGAGAUCAGUAUUAACACUCAUGUGAGUAUGGACACUCUGAAUAGAGCUCUGACUCGACUCAAAGACACUCUACAUCAAAAACUCGGUCAAACUGUAUUGAGGAGGAUGCAGCAGUAUGCAGUGGAUGUGACUCUGGAUCCUGAUACAGCUAAUCCAUAUCUUAUCCUGUCUGCUGAUGGAAAACAAGUGAGAUGUGGAGACAUUAGACAAAAACUCCCAAAUAAACCAGAGAGAUUUGAUACAUGUGUCCGUGUCCUGGGAAAGAAGGGAUUCAGUUCAGGCAGAUUUUAUUUUGAGGUGCAGGUGAAGGGAAAGACUGACUGGUAUUUAGGAGUGGUCAGAGAAUCCAUUAACAGGAAGGGAUCGAUCACACCAAAUCCAGUGAAUGGAUUCUGGACUGUGUGUUUGAGGAAUGGGAAUGAAUAUAAAGCCUGUGAAGAUCCUCUUGUCUCUCUGUGUGUGAGAGUGAAGCCACAGAAGGUUGGUGUGUUUGUGGAUUAUGAGGAGGGUCUGGUCUCCUUUUAUGAUGUGGAGUCCAGCUCUCAUAUCUACUCUUUCACUGGUCAGUCUUUCACUCAAACACUCUUUCCAUAUUUCAACCCAUGUCUUAAUAAUAAAGGUAAAAACUCAACUCCACUGAUCAUCACACCUGUCAGUUACAAUUAAUGAAUUUACACCCAUAAAUAUAUAAAACUACAUGAACAUUAUAUUUGUACAUUUCUUAAAAGAAAAUAUGAGGUAUGGUUGCUAGGGAGAUCUGGAUGGUUGCUAGUGUGCUCUAUAUGGCGUCAUUUUUAUAUCACCAGAACUUGAAUUUGAAAAAGUCUCCCAAUUCAUGAUCUUCAACAAAGACUGGGUGUAAUUUGAUAUUAUCGAAAAAUGUUGCUGUUCAUUUUUAAUAUUUGAAAAUAUUUUGUGUGAAUUCACCUAAAAAAAAAAUUCAGGUCGUGAAAUUCAGGUCUCAAUAUUCAGGUUGUUGACUACUGGUUGAAAAAUUCAGGUGACAAAAUUCGAGGAUGACAUUCGGGAAUGCAAGGAAGAGCCAACGAGAGUCAAUCAUAAAGCGAUGGAAACAGCUCAAAAAAGGAAUUUUAAAUGAAUGAAUGAAUAUAUACAGUAUAUUAUACAUACAGUAUAUAGUAGUAAAUAUAUAUAGCCUACAUUUUUAAUAAUGUGCAAACUGUCUUUGCUCCUUGGCACAUUGAACAAAUGCUGAAAAGGCAAUUAAAAUGAUUCACGUGCACACAUACAUGACCAGAUAACACGAUCUCCAGUUGAUCCAUAACACCGGCCAAUCUCAGUGGUACAUCACAGUAAACAUCUCUCAUUCAGAAGUUUCAGAAGUGUUGUUUUGUGGUCUGAUUAAAAUACAAAAUGUCUGUGAUAGAAGUCUGUAUGAAUGUAAGAGCUGCUUUUAACUCAUGAAGAACACACGAAAAGCGAAAGCAUCCGAGGCAGUCUUUAUGGCUAAUGUUUACAUUGUAGUCUGGCAGUGUGAAUGAAGUCUGUGCUUCAUAAUCUUAUGUGUUGUUUAUUGACCAACAUUAGUAUAUACACAUAAACAAUAUACUGUAAAUUGACAUAAUGCUUUUUUAUUAUUAUGUGUUACAAUCAUGAUAUACCAUAGUCUGGGUGUUAUGAACUUAUACAUGAAUGAACAUAUGUACUGUAUUUGAUACACAGAACUGAAAUGUCUAAAUAAAGAAGAAACAU